UUUGUCAUACCGACCAUGUGUUUACUUGUAUGGAGACGAUACACACAUUUGAUGUUAUCAGGGAAGGUUUCUUUGCUUGUUAGGAUGAAGUCACUGGUGGUACUGGUGGUGGUGGUGGCAGUGGCAGCGGCAGCAGUAGUUGAGGAUCCCACCCUCUCUGAUAAGUUCAUCAAACUACUACAGAAAGAGAAAUCAACAUGGAAGGCUGGUCGCAACUUCAACAAACAUCUCUCAAUGAGAUAUAUUAGACAUCUAAUGGGAGUUCACCCAGACUCUAAACAGCAUUUACCAAAGGUCUACCUCCAUGCGAUAAAUUCUGAAAAUCCCACAGAGUUUGAUUCCCGUACAGCUUGGUCCAUGUGUCCUACCAUCAGUGAAAUUCGGGACCAAGGGUCGUGUGGAUCUUGUUGGGCAUUUGGUGCAGUUGAAGUGAUGAGUGACAGAAUGUGUAUUCACAGCAAGGGCAAAGAAAAUUUCCACUUUUCAGCAGAAGACCUUGUUUCUUGUUGCCACUUCUGUGGCUUUGGAUGUAAUGGUGGGUUUCCUGGGUCAGCCUUUAAAUACUGGGUGAAUAUUGGCCUUGUAUCAGGCGGUGCAUAUAACAGCAGUCAGGGAUGUCAGCCAUAUGAGAUACCCCCCUGUGAGCAUCAUGUAUCUGGGCCUCGGCCAAAGUGUUCCGAGGGUGGCAAUACUCCCAAAUGUGUCAAAAAGUGUGAACCUUCUUAUACGGUUGAUUAUAACCAGGAUUUGCAUCUUGGCAGUAAGGCUUAUAGUAUUGCCAAGGAUGAACAGCAAAUCCAGUAUGAAAUUAUGACCAACGGUCCUGUUGAAGGAGCUUUUACUGUUUAUGCAGAUUUUCUUCACUAUAAGUCAGGAGUUUAUCAGCACCUUCAUGGCUUACCUCUUGGUGGUCAUGCUAUUCGUGUGCUGGGCUGGGGGGUGGAAAAUGGCACUCCUUAUUGGCUGUGUGCUAACUCUUGGAACAGAGACUGGGGAGAUAAUGGCUAUUUUAAAAUUCUGAGAGGAUCUGAUCACUGUGGCAUUGAGAGUGAGAUUACUGCUGGUCUACCUUAGCUAAGUUAGCUAAUAGCAUAGCAUAGAGUACUCUACUUCCUGUAGUCUCUGCAUGUUUGCCUUCACCUGAGCUACACCAGAGCCAGUUCAUUUUCUUGAGUCCUAGAAUACAACAUGUUUAGUGAUAGCAUAUAAUUGUUCUGGAUAAUCUCUAAUGACCAUUAUUGUCAAUUAGUUGGAAAAUAUAAGUAUGGCAAGUAUAUAAUGGAUGUCAUACUUUAUGGUUGAAUAGUUGAUCAACCAAUUGUAAUACAGUAUUUAACAAAUAGUUUAUAGAUUUAUAAACCAUGAUUUUACAUUGAAAUAUAAAUAACUCACUUUAUUUACUAAGUACAGUAAACUAAAUAGUUUACAAGUAUUAAAUGUUAUUCAUGAAUUAUUAUUAUGUAUUUUUAAAAUAAACAUUAUAUUGAA